GGCGCGCGGCGGCAGCGGCGGAGGAUGAACGCGGAUCCGGCGCGGGAAAUCCGGCAGCUGCAGAAGGCCAAGGAGAAAGCCCAACGUGGAGGCAACGCGGUGGAGGAGGCUGCUCUCUGCAACCAGCUGGGCGAGAUCUUGGCCAGCCACGGCCGCUAUGAGGAGGCGCUGGAGGAGCACGAGCGGGAGCUCCGGCUGCUGGAGGGAGCCGGGGACCGGCUGGGCUGCGCCGUGGCCCAUCGGAAGGUCGGCGAGCGCCUGGCGGAGCUGGAGCGCUACGAGGCAGCCCUGGAGCACCAACGGGAGCACCUGGAGCUGGCGCGGGCGCUCGCGGACCCCACGGAGCAGCAGCGCGCCUGGGCCACCAUCGGCAGGACCUACAUGCUCAUGGGGGACAGCCGCGAGGAGCGGGGCGCGCUCCGCCAGGCCCAGGGCGCCUUCCACACCAGCCUGGCCAUCGUGGAGGAGACGCUGGAAGGAGCGGUGGCGCCGCGGGACGUGGCGGAGAUGAAGGCCAGGCUCUACCUCAACCUGGGGCUGGUCAGCGACAGCCUGAGGGAGCCGGCGCAGAGGGACCACUUCCUGAAAAAGAGCAUCUUCCUGGCGGAGCAGGGGGGGCUGCAGGAGGACCUGUACCGCGCUCACUUCAACCGCGGCUCCAUCCUGCUGCGGGACGGGGACCCCACCGGGGCCCUGCGGAGCCUGAGCCGGGCUCGGGAAUGCGCCCGGAGCCUCGGGGACAGGGCCAUGGAGAGCGAGUGCUGCGCCGGCUCCGCGCAGGUGCUGCUGGGGCUGGGGGACUUUGCUGCGGCGCGGCGCUGCCUCCGGCAGGCCCAUGCUCUGGGCCCGCGGCAGCCGCAGCACCGGGAGCUCGUGCGCUCCAACCUGCGCUACGCCACGCGGGUGCUGCGGCUGCUGCGGGCGCUGGAGGAGGCCGGGGGGGACGCGGCGGCGGCGCUGCCGCUGUGCGAGCAGCUCGGGGACACCUGCUCCAGGCACGGCGACUACGCGCGUGCCCUGGCCUUCUACCAGAGGCAGCUGGGGCUGGCGCAGGCGCUGGCGCGGCCCCCCCGGGAGCUGGCCGUGAUCCACGUGUCCCUGGCCACCACGUUCGGGGACCUGCGGGACCCGGCGCGGGCCCUGCACCACUUCCGGCAGGAGCUGGCCCUGCACCGCGGCGACGCGCUCGAGGAGGGGAAGACGUGGCUGAACGUGGCUCUGGCCAUGGCGGAGGCCGGGGAGCCCCCCCCCAAGCUGCUGCCCUGCCUGCACACGGCGCUGCAGCGGGCCACGGAGGCCGCGGCCCCCCGGCUGCAGCGGCAGGUGCUGCGGCAGCUGCGGGCGGAGCAGCUCAGGGCCGGGGACGCGGAAGGGGCCGCCGGGAGCCUCGCCCGCCUGGAGGCGCUGGGGGGCGGCGACGAGGAGGAGGAGGAGGAGGAGGAGGAGGAGGAGCCGGGGGGCAGCGAGGCCCAGGAGGAGAGUGACCUGGAGCUGAGCACCAGCGAGGAGGACGAGGAGCUCGAUGGAUACAGCGGGAGCGUCCCGGGGCGGCGCCGGCAAAACAGGUGGAACCGCCGCAACGAGCGGGGCGAGACCCCCCUGCACCGCGCCUGCAUCGAGGGCGACCUGCGGCGCGUCCGGCUCCUGCUGCAGCAGGGGCACCCCGUGAACCCGCGCGACUACUGCGGAUGGACCCCCCUGCACGAGGCCUGCAACCACGGGCACCUGGAGAUCGUGCGGGAGCUGCUGGCGCGGGGGGCGGCGCGGGACGACCCGGGGGGCCCCGGCUGUGACGGGGUCACCCCCCUGCACGACGCCCUCAGCUGCGGCCACUUCGAGGUGGCGCAACUGCUGCUGCAGCACGGGGCGAGCGUCAGCGCCCGGGACAGCAGGGGCCUGACGCCGCUGGGCACGCUGGAGCAGUGGGUGAGCACGUACCGGGAGGAGCUGGACCAGGAGACGCGGGAGCGGGCGCGGGACACGGAGCGGCUGCUGCGGGACGCGGCGGCGGCACGAGCCUCCCCGCGGCCCUGCCAGGACCCGGAGCUGUUCGAUGCCGAGACGUCGCAGCAGCGGGACCGGGAGCCGGAGCGCGCCGGCUCCGUGUCUCCGUUGAGGCCGGUGAAGAAGCGGCACCGAGCGAUGGAGCCCGAUGGGUGCGAAGCCGCCAAUCGAGCGAGCCGGCACCCGGCGCUCAUCCCGGAGGAGCAGUACCUGCAGGAGCAGCAGUGGCUGGAGGAUGACCUGGGAAUGGCGCGCGGGGGCCGGAAGCGGCCACGCCGGGAGCGCCGGGAGCGCCGGGACCUGGACGUGGCUCUGGGGGACACCUCGAGGAUGGAGAAGGAUGAUGGAGGGGACCCGCGGCGCCGGCGCCGCAGCGCUCCCAGGGACAGGAUCCCGCCGGAACGCCGCGGAUCCGGGGGCACCGGGAGCCCCGUUCCUGAGCACGAGGAGGAGAAGGACGAGGAGGAGGAGGAAGACAAGGACAAGGAGAAGGAGAAGAAGGACAAGGAGAAGGACAAGGACAAGGAGAAGGACAAGGAGAAGGACAAGGAGAAGGAGAAGGAGAAGGAGGAUGAGUGUGGGGAGAACGCGCCGCCGCUGCCCGCGCUCCGCGUCCGUGUCCGCAUCCAGGACAACGUGUUCCUCAUCCCCGUGCCGCAGAGGCAGCAGCUCCCGGUGCGGUGGCUGGCCGAGCGCGCGGCCGAGCGGUUCCAGCAGACGUGCGGGUCCCGGCCCCGGCUCAGCCUGUCGCAGGACGGGGCCCGGUUGGCGCCGCAGGACCUGGUGCGGGACGUGCUGCGCAGCAACGAGGAGGUGCUGGCCGAGGUGCAGUGCUGGGACCUGCCGCCCCUCGCCGAGAGGUACCGCCGCGUGUGCCAGAGCAUGGACGAGGAGCCGCACGAGCUGGUGCUGAAGGCGACGGAGCGGCAGGAGCAGAGCGCGGGGGCCGGGGCUGGCGCUGGGGGGGGCCCUGGCGCCGCCCCCCGGGCGCUGCCGGCGCUGCUGCGGGCGCUGCGGCUGCAGCCGGGGCUGCGGGUGCUGGCGCUGCGCGGCUGCGGGCUGGGCGCCGCCGCGCUGCCGGAGCUGGUGGCCGCGGCGGCCGCGCUGCCCGCGCUGGCGCUGCUCGACCUGGCCGGCAACCGCCUGGGCCCCGCGGCGCUGCGGCAGCUCUGCCCGCGCCAGCCCGGCACCCGCGCCGCCUUCCAGAGCCUGGAGGAGCUGGACCUGAGCCUGAACCCGCUGGGGGACGGGAGCAGCGCGGCGCUGGCGGAGCUGCUGCGGUGCUGCCCCGCGCUGAGCACCCUGCGCCUGCGCGCCUGCGGCCUCGGCCCGGCCUUCGUCCUGCACGGACCCGCGCGGCUGCAGGCACUGACCGUGUCCCACAACGCGCUGGGGCCGGUGGCGCUGGAGCGGCUCCUGGACGCCGUGUCCCGGCACCGGCUCACGCGCCUCGAGCUCGGCUCCGUCACCGGCCCCGGCGCCCGGCGCAUCGGCACCGCCGUGGCGGGGUACCUGCGGCAGGAGGGUUCCUCUGCUCUGACCCACCUCACGUUGUCCGGGAACCGCCUGAGCGAUGAGGACAUGGUGGAGCUGGCCAGGUGCCUUCCCCUCGUGCCCGGCCCUGGAUUCCCUGGAUCUCGCAGCCAAUCCCGGGAUCAGCACCGCGGGGAUGCGGCUGCUGCUGCAGGGCCUGGAGCAGCGGAGCCGGGGGCUGAGCUGCUCAGCCUGGCCGUGGGAGCGGGGAGCGGAACGGGAGCGGGAGGGAACGGGGGAAAUGGGAACGGGAAUGGGAAUGGGAACGGGAACGGGAAUGGGGUGGAAGGGUGGACGGGUUGA